GUAACAUUUAUUAGAGAGGAAAGCUUUUCUAUACAAGAAACAAUGCCGAUUCCUCCUGCUUACCCAGAAACACAUUUAAAGAGAAUUCAAAUUCAUUGGAGUGAUGGAGUAACCACAGGAUAUCCACCUCCGUCAAGCUGUGAAGCAACGAUUAAUGAAGAUGGGACUUUUGAUUUUUUUCGAAAAAUUGCAACAGGGGAGAGUAAAGACCUUCAUUGGCGCAGAAAAUGCGCAGAAUAUUUGAGAGAACAAGCAAAGAUUCAAGCGUUUCAAGGCAUGGAUUUUGUUCUUGAUGCAUUUCCUAAGAACUAUAAGCUUUAUGAACAUUGCAAAAGGUAUAAUGAUACUCGCCAAGAGCGUAGAGAUACAUUUCUUUUUGGACAUCCUAAAGGGAUUCGUUUUCGAAGCCCGGCAGAAUUUAGUCCGCAUCUUUUAUGGAUUGCACAAAGUAAAACACAUGCACGUGGUGAAUGUCCUUGCAAAUAUUGCGGUGAUUCGAAAUCAUGGAAUCGAAGAAAGCUGGGUAUAGAUCAAGCUAUGCUUGAAUUGAAUCAUGAAAAAUCAGAAAGAGAAACAGAUCUUAAUUCAGAAGGUGCUCUUUAUAGACCUGGUGAAGUAGUUUGGAUGAUCCAAGAUAAUCCUACAGAUGAAUGGGUAAUUGGAAUUAUUAUAGAACGGACAGCGUUGCCUUGUCUUCAUUCUGACAGUGUUUUAUCUAAAAGUUAUAAUUAUCGUGUCAAAACAAUUAAAACCGAAAAAAAAAUUAUACAGGUACCUCAGUGGAUGCUUCGACCUUUGCUUUCAAGAUCUGUAAAGGGUAUAAAAGAUAUGGAGGAACUUUGUGAAACAUGGACACUGUUUGAUCCUUAUAUAUCUGGCAUUUCUCCUAAAAUUCAUUGUUAUAAUGGAUGUUGGAUGGGGCCAGAAAAAGUAUGGAAAGGAGAUGUGAUUCGAUUUAAACAAAAAUUAGAGGGUGAACAACAAUUUUCUAUUCCUGACGGUAUUCUUAUUGUUAACGCAAUAUAUAAAGAAAAUAAAUCUGGUAAUAUUUUGGUUUCAGGCAAUGUUUGGUAUUUUACAUCAACUCCGUCCCAAAUAGAUCCUUCGCUUCCUGUACCUCAGAGAUUGGCAAAAACUGCUGAAAUUUUAGACUUAUAUUUAGGAUGUAGUAAUACAAAAGAUUCUGAAUUUACAUGUUCUUUGAUUGAAGUUCAAGGACGUUGGUAUGAGCCUUGGUUAAUGCCUAAAGACACUGUUCUUAGCAAUGUUACAUUAAAACGAAAAGUUAAUAAUCGAAAGGAAGCAUUAAUAGAUGAAUUUAAUUCGAAUUUAUCAUAAUUAAAAUAUCCAUUUGAUAUCUAAAAUGUGUAAUUUAUUAAAUUAG